AUGAUACUAAUUACGUAUUUUGCUACAAAGCAACUAAAACAAAGGAGUAAUUUUAUGUUAUCGUCAUUUUUAAGGAUCGUAAAUUCUAGAGUGAAGUUUACUCAAAGUAUAAGAGGAAAACAAACUGAUAAUACUCUAGGAACUAUAAAUUCUUUAGUUAAGCCAGUUACUUUAAAAAAAAAUUCAAAUAAUUUAAAUAUUGGUUUGGAAUUAACUGGUGCUCUGGAUAAAUCUAAAGUUUUGCAGACCAUGUAUAAUUUUUCAAUUAACAAUGCAGUGAAACAACUAUGUGACCAACAUGGACUAGAUGACAGGACUUUUAUUUCAUGUAUGACAAGUUUUCGCAAAUGUUGUAUAGAAGCUACUACGUUAUCUACAGAUCUUUAUAUUACUUUAAAUGAUAUUAUACAAGGUGCAGGACAUGUUACAGAUUUAAUUCCAUAUUUUAUGCGCCAUAUAAAACAAAUGUAUCCACAUAUUGAUUAUAUAAAUGAACUGAAGAAAAUCAGUGAUUUAACAAAUCCAUCUCAUUGGUAUUCUAAAGCUAGAUCUGUGAAAAGAAAAAUCAUAUUUCAUGCUGGUCCUACAAAUAGUGGCAAAACAUACCAAGCCUUGCAAAGGUUUAUAUCCGCAAAAAGUGGUAUUUAUUGUGGACCAUUAAGGUUAUUAGCUAGUGAAGUUUUUACUAAGUGUAACUCUAUGGGUACACCUUGUGAUUUGAUAACAGGAGAAGAACACAAAUAUGCCAAAAAUAUAUUGUCUCCUGCAGAUCAUAUAUCAUGUUCCAUAGAAAUGGCAAACCUAGACAAUUCUUAUGAUGUAGCUGUAAUUGAUGAAAUUCAAUUACUACGUGAUCCGAUUAGAGGAUGGGCAUGGACAAGAGCUCUUCUUGGUCUUGUUGCAAAUGAAAUACAUAUAUGUGGUGAAUAUGGUGCUUUAUCUAUUGUACAGUCUAUAUGCCUUACAACAGGUGAAGUUGUAGAAGUAAAACAAUAUCAAAGACUAACUGAGCUUAAAAUGGAAGAUUCUGCACUUUGUUCUUUACAUAGGGUUCUACCAGGAGAUUGUAUAGUUUGUUUUAGUAGAGGCGAGGUAUUCUCUGUGUCACAAGCUAUUGAAAAAUUGGGGCAUAAAGUAGCUGUAAUAUAUGGUAGUUUACCACCAGGCACAAAAUUAGCUCAAGCUGCAAGAUUUAAUGAUCCUAAAGAUCCUUGUAAAAUAUUAGUAGCUACUAAUGCUAUAGGAAUGGGUCUUAAUUUACAUAUUCGUAGAAUUAUAUUUUAUUCUCUUACUACACUAUCUGUAAAUGAUAAAGGACAAAUGGAAUCUGAUGUGAUUUCUGUAUCAACUGCAUUACAAAUAGCAGGUCGCGCUGGUCGUUAUGGAACACAGUGGUCGAAAGGAUAUGUAACAACUUACAAAAUUGAAGAUUUUGCUUUACUAAAAAAUUUAUUAGAACAAACGCCUGAAGAACUUACAGUAGCUGGGCUUCAUCCAACAGCAGAUCAAAUAGAAUUAUAUGGCUAUUAUUUACCAACUGCAACAUUAUCAAAUAUCAUUGAUAUUUUCAUAAAGUUGUGCCAGUUUGACAAUUCUUUAUAUUUUAUUUGUAAUUUAGAUGAUUUUAAAUUUCUUGCUGAUAUGAUACAACAUAUGUCUUUAUCUCUUCGUACACGAUACAUAUUUUGUUGUGCGCCAAUCAACAGAAAAAUAGCUAUAACAUGUAAUAUGUUCUUGAAGUUCGCUCGACGAUGUAGUAUGAAUGAGCCAGCAACUAUUUCGUGGUUAUGCAGCGAAAUUAACUGGCCUCCUCGGACGCCAGGAACACUUAAUGGACUUUUAAAUUUGGAACAUUUAUUUGACAUAUUAGAUAUCUAUCUUUGGUUAAGUUAUCGUAUGCCAGAUUUGUUUCCUCAUGGAGAUGAAGUUAGGCAGCUACAACUUCAGUUGGAUGAAAUUAUCGAUUCAGGAGUUAAAAACUUAAUAAGACAAUUUAAAAGCACAGAACAAGAUUUCAUUGCACCAUCUCACGAAAAAAUUAACACACAAGAUGAUGAGUAUGAAAACAAAAAAUUAAGUAUGAAACUGAUAAAUCAAGGUCUUUUAACACCACAUAUACUGAAACAACUAAAAAUGGAAUGGUCUAAGGAAAACAAAGGAAAAAGUAAAAAACGAAGUUAAACUUAAAGCCAGCGGAAAUGCUUCCUGCUAAAACGAUUACUCUUCAUCAAUUUC